CACCAGCCCCUGCUGAGUGUCACUCAUGCCCCUGUGUCACUGGUAACUGUGUGUGCACUGCCACAAGCAGCAAGGUCGCCAACAACAGUUUGCACUCUGCAGUCGGAAUCAGAACUAGUUUGGAAAGGUACACUUGAACCUGGUGCCUCACCUGUAUCUGAUGGCACCAUCUGGCUGCAAGAGAUGCAUGGGAGUAUUUCCUUUUUUGCCAGAGAGUGCUCCUGACAGCGACUGCCGGCCACCUCCCUUCUGUUCGACCACAGCAACUCCGAGCUCCUGCAAAACCCGAACGGCAGAGCUGGUUCUGCAGCGAAUGCAGCAGUUCAAGAGAGUGGACCCGGAGCGCCUGAAACAUGCCUCAGAAGAGUGUUCCCGCGGGGCUGCACCAGAAGACCGUGGCCUGAAGAGCCCUGGAGAGGAGCUGACCGCGGGGCACGGUAGGCCUGCACUGCCAGCCACAGACAGUGACGCUGCAAUGGCGCUGGCCCUGCAGCAGGAGUUUGGGCAGGAAGCAACAUCUGCGUGCAAUGACAGCCUGGAGGAGAAGGGAUUGUUCUUCUGCCAGAUCUGUCAGAAGAACCUCUCAACCAUGAACGUGGUCCGACGGGAGCAGCACAUGAACAGGUGCUUAGACAAGGCAGAACAAGCACAAAGACCACCUGCCCCUCAGAUCCCCGAGUGCCCCAUCUGCGGCAAGCCUUUUCUCACCUUGAAGAGCAGAGCAAGCCACCUGAAGCAGUGCGCGGUGAAGAUGCAGGUCGGCCCCCAGCUCCUGCUGCAGGCCGUGCGGCUGCAGACGGCCCAGCCCGAGGCAGGAGGACCCCCUCCCUCAGCCAGCAUUGGCAAUCCAACUGGAGGCUCGAAACGGAAAGGAACCUCCCACAGGAAGGAGCCACGGAAGAGGCGGAAGGUCGGCCAGCCUGAAGCGCCGUCCGAGGACCUGCUGGUAGCCAUGGCCCUAUCCCGGUCUGAGAUGGAGCACAGCCCCGCCGCAACAGCCCUCAGGCUUGAGAGCGCCUUCUCAGAGAGGACUCGACCUGGAGCAGAGAAGAAAAGUCGCAAGAAGAAACCCCCAGCGUCUCCCCCACAGCUACUAAUCCAAGACUCGGAGACCACAGGCAGGCAGAUAGAGGACCGCGUGGCCAUGCUCCUGUCGGAGGAAAUGGAGAUGCCCAGCACGCCGCAGCUGCCAGCCAGCAGGAUCCUGAAGGAAGAGUUGAGAAAGGCAGCAGGGAAGCAGAACUUCCUGUGGGAGGGCAGUGCCCUGACCGGAGCCUGGGCUGUGGAGUCCUUCUACACAGCCAACCUGGUCCCCCCCAUCGUGCCCCAGCAGCCCACCAAGGAGCCUCCCCGGCCACUGACACCUGAGAAGCCACAGCCAGACCUGCCAGGGCCACCUGAUCUUCCCAGCAGUCCCGGUGCAGGCCACGGGGCUGGAGACCUGUCGCUGACCACCACCCAGAGGGAGCACCAGGCCCUGCAGGACCUCGUGGACCUGGCACAGGAGGAGCUGAACACCAGCCCUGAGCCCAGCAGAGGAGACCUGGCCAGUUCAGGGCUGGAUGUGGUACCCUGCAGCCUUCCACUGACUGGCUUUGUCCUGCCACCCAAGGAGAAGCACCCUGAGGGAGGCGACCAUGCUUUGCUCUCCUUUGGGCUGCUGAUUGCCGACUUCAGCACCAUGGUCAAUAACCCACACUUGAGUGAUGUCCAGUUCCAGACGGACAGUGGGGAGGUGCUCUAUGCCCACAAGUUUGUGCUUUAUGCCCGAUGCCCACUUCUCAUUCAGUAUGUGAGCAGCGAAGGCUUCUCCGCCAUGGAGGACGGGGCCCAGGGCCAGCGUGUGCUGCUGAGUGACGUGAGCACUGAGGCAGUGCAGGCGUUCCUGCGCUACCUCUACACUGCGGACACCAGCCUGUCUCCCCGCCUGGUCCCUGACCUCACUUCCCUGGCCCUCAGGUUUGGUGUGAGUGACCUUGUCCACUUAUGCCAGCAAGUGCCCACCACAGUGGAGUCUGAGGAAGAACAGUGGGCAGAGGAGGACAAGAGCUGUGCCAGCAGAGUGGAGAACUUCCAAGAGCUCUUGAAGUCAGUGUGGGUGGACGGCGAGGAGGAGGCAGAGACCCCGAUGAACCCCGAGGACGGUGAACGAGACAGGGAACAGGUGAACGAGGCCGAAAUGGAGGAGAUCUACGAGUUUGCAGCAACUCAGCGGAAGCUUCUCCAGGGGCAAAGGGCCACAGCCAUGGACGAGGCUGCCCAGCCCCGGGAGGAGAGCCCGGAAUCUGCACAGAUCCUGGCAAGCAAGAGGGUCAGCAGUGUCCUCACCUUGCUGACCCAGCUAGAACACAAAGCCAGGGGGACCUCGACCGCCUGGGACCCCUUGGCAUCCAUUGACCUCACCCAGUCAAGGCCAGAGCAGCUCAGCUCUCAGGCUCUGAGCACUCCCUGCACCAGGAGCCAGGAAAGUGAGGUUAUCCUCCUAUCAGACUCUGACGAAGAGCUGGGACUGGAGCAAGCCAAGGGCAUGCUGGAUGCUGCUGGCUCCCCAAAAGAAAGGACAGUGUCAGGAAUUAGCUCCAAGUCCGCUGAACUGUUCUCGGUCAUUGAUGUGGACGCGGACCUGGAGCGUUCCCAGAGCCCGCCUGGGGGAGGAGCCGAGUCGCAGGAGGAGGGGCUCUGUGAGAGGAGCGACCCCGAGGACAGCACCACGGACACCUCGUGGCUGGUGCCUGCCACACCACUGGUCAGCAGGAGCCAUGACUGCUCAUCCCAGUCCAGAAUCGUGAGCUUCAGCCCCAGGACUCCAGCCAACGAGAGGGCUGCACGCACUCCCCGGGCGAGGGGAACUGCGCACACAUUCUCGGUGAUCGUGUCCCAGAACCAGGCCGCAGCCCAUGUUCCAGCCACCUCGGGGGCAUCCGAUGGUGGGGGCUGGGGCUGCGGAAGCCCCUCCAGGCCCCACGCAAGGCACCCCAAGCACUCCUCUCCACUGGGCCCUAGUCGCCUUGGGGGAAGCCUCCCUGACUUGGCCUGGCAGUUCCCAACAUGCUCUCCGCCCAGGCCGCUCUGGCCCCUCCAGGCUGAGGCGAAUGAGGUGGUAGAAGUGGAGGACAGUGAGGGUGAGCAGGAGGCCGCCUCCCUGCAGGCACACAGCAGCCCCCUGCUGGACCGUGAGCCUCCAGUGCUGGUGGACGACUGCUCUUGGCACGCCGAGCCCCUCUCCCCGAUCCCGAUCGACCAGGUGAAUCUUGAGCGGACGGGCCCCCUGAGUACCAGCAGCCCCUGCAACAGGGCACAGGAGGCCCCAGCCUACAGUGCUGGUCACGCUCCUGGCCUCCUGGUCACCCCACCCACCCAUGGCAGAAGGUCUCCGCAGACAUCCUUGCCGGCCAGCUCCCCGGGGAACAGCAGACCAAGCUUUCUGAACUCGGCUCUCUGGGAUGACUGGGACGGCGGGGAGCAGAGGUCACCAAAAGCUCUUCCUGCAGCGCGGACCCCAGGUGCCAAUGGAGCUCAGCGGUCAGCCACGUCAGAGAUGCCAAAAGGUGCUAAUCGGAAGAAGAAUUUGCCCCCCAAAGUACCCAUAACUCCAAUGCCAAGGUAUUCCAUCAUGGAGACACCGGUACUGAGGAAAGAACUGGACAGGUUUGGAGUCCGGCCUCUGCCCAAGCGCCAGAUGGUUCUGAAACUGAAGGAGAUCUUCCAGUACACACACCAGACCCUGGAGUCUGACUCGGAGGAUGAGAUCCAGGCCUCAGAGAUGCCCCUGGCUACCCCGCUUAGCCAGAGCCACAGCACCGAGACCUCCAAGCCUGCCGGGGCUGAGGGCUGUGGUGUCCUAGGCCCGGGCCAGCCAGCAGGCCCUGAGGGGGACACCCGUCUCCCAGCCUCCCAGGAAUCUGUGGACAGCAGUGACAGCUCCUUCAGUUCACAAAGCUCUUCCUCCGCUGAGUUUGGGGCGGCCCUCGAGUCAGCUGGUGAUGAGGAGCAGGGGAUCAGUGCCUCCCAGGCAGCCAUGCCGGCAGCAGACGUGGAGGAGGCAGUGAGGCGCUACAUCCGCUCCACACCAGCCCUGCACCGGAAGGUGCUGCUGUACCAGCCAUUGGAGCUGGCUGAACUGCAGACUGAGCUGAGGCAGAACGGCAUCCGUGUGGCCAUGGGCAAGCUAUUGGACAUCCUGGACGCUCACUGCAUCACCUUCACCACCGCUGCUGCCCGGAAGGAGAAGCUCAACAGGAAGAGGCUGCAGCGUGUGGGCAAGAAGAAAGGUGGGCAGAAGUGAUGGCUGCAGCCUGACCUCCACUAUCAGAGGUCACUCCUAGCACCAGAAGCCCCUGCCGUCCCUGUGUGUGAGGUGCCAGGAUGCC